ACGAAACACACACUCUCCUUUUCUUUCUUUCUUUUAAAAACAAUAACGUAACAAAAACAAUAACCUCAUUCCUUUUCUUUUUCUUUAUUUUUACUUCAAAGCUUCUAAAUAGUAAUAAUGGCUCCAUUGUAUGGCAUCGAUCGCGAAAUUCACCGCAAGAUUCAAUCAAAGUACUCGAUUGAGCAUGAACAGGAAGCUCGCGAAUGGAUCGAAAGCGUCAUUGCUGAGCCUCUCCCAAGUGACGAUUUCCAGGAGAGCUUGAAAGACGGUGUCAUUCUUUGCAAGAUGAUCGGUAAACUCGUUCCCGGUGAAGGCAAAUACAAGGUCUCCAGAAUUCCAUUCAUGCAGAUGGAAAAUAUUUCCAAGUUCCUUGCUGGAGCCGAGAAACUUGGAGUGCCAAAGCACGAUUUGUUCCAGACCGUCGAUUUGUACGAAAAGAAGAAUAUGACACAGGUCGUUGACUCAAUCUUUGCCAUUUCGCGCUAUGCUCACAAGGCUGGUACUUGUUCUACGUACCUGGGUCCCAAGCUUGCAGAAAAGCAUGUUGUCGAGUUCACUGAAGAAACGUUGAAUGCUGGAAAGGCCAUGUUCAAUACCUACCAGUAUGGCUACCACAAGGGCGCCAACCAGUCGGGUAUUAUUUUUGGUGCUCGCCGAGAGAUCUCAAACGGUUUAGCUCGUAAUUAGCUACUCAGUAUCAAGACGCUAAUAGAGCACUCAUUUUUCUCACUUAAUUAGCUUUUUUUAUAUACAUUUUCUCACUCGCAAUAUAUGUAGUAGUUCUCUUUUAAUAAAUAAUAUUGUAGUUUAUUGAUAAACAUAUGUAUAAAAUAAUACAGUGUCAAUAAGCAGAGUACUAAUAGUAGCUGCUGUAAG